GGGCGCCCAAUCCGUACCAGCAGAGCCAUUUUGUGAUUACGUAAGCGCAUGGGUCAUGUGGCCUGCGAUUGCGCAAACACAGGACCAUGGUUUUGUGUGGAGGAGGGCGCGCCAGUUUGACAAGCCAUGCCACCCAAGGAGGCGCCAAAGCGCCGCAACUGGACUGCCGACGAGGACCUCAUGCUGCUUCGACAGCUGAACCUCGAGCGCCCGUUUCUUACGGAACAGUCUCUGGGCCCGGCCUUGCCGCGGUGGGAAGCGGUUGUCAAGAUCCUCAACGAGUGCGAAGACUUCGACCGCGACGUCGACGUCAAGAGGCUCCAGGGCCGUUUCCAACUUCUCCAAGAGAAGCACCGUAAGGCUAAUGCUGAAUCUAUGACUUUGUCUGGUGUCGAUGAGGACGAGUCGGAGACGACGAAGCUGCUCGACGAGAUUGUGGAGCUCGUCGACGGAAGCAUGCGGGCGGCACGUCUCGACCUUGGUGCCAUCGGGAAAGGCAAAGACAUUGAUCGUUGGGGCGCCGUGGCGGUGCACCACAUCAGCAUAGAGCUGUAAGCGA